AAUCAGCCAACUGAAUUAAUCGUUGAGUUUAUUCAAUAAAGUGUGUUAUUUCACGAAACAAGAACGAAGAGAAAUUCGAUAAACAUUAAAAAAAAUAACAAAAUUCAAAACAGUUUUGCGUGAAAAUUGAGUGAGAUUCACAAAAAGAAAAUAAAAGAAAAAAAAUCGUUUUCCAAAGAAGGAAUAUUUUUUUAAAAGUUCGACAAGAAAACAAGAGCAAAAAACCUUACAAAAUGUUUGGAAAAACAAGUGAAACAGUCUUAGUCAUUGGUGUCUUGGCCAUCGUUGUAAUCGAUAGCUGUUAUGGUUCGACAUUCAUUACACCUCCAAUCAUCCAUCCGGCACACCCAGGCCAAUGCUUUGAGCCAGUGACGAUGCAACUUGUUCAACCCGGCCAAGAUAUUUAUUUGCCACUUGGUUGCAUGAAAUUGACCUGUUUGCCAAACUUUUCUUUUGGUGGAGCUGGAUGCGCAUCGGAAGAAGCUAUUGGUCGAAAUUGUCGUGAAAUUGCUGGAGAUCGUACACAAAUCUAUCCAAAUUGUUGUCCACGCUUCGAAUGUGAUGAUGAUCAAGACAACGAUCUCUUUGAAUACGGAUCCAAUUCACUGUAAACAAUAAAUGUGACAGACACACACAAAAAAGCUACUGCAUUUCUGCUCGUCUCAUCCAUCACACACA